GCGCUCUGCCGGAGGUUCCAACAAAUCCUAGCAGUCAGUCGCUCCCGCACCGCGGCCGUGAUGUGUGAGGAAGUGUGAGCGAGUUGUGUAGUGUAGACUACCGGCAACAUGCGCGAUCUGACAGUCUCGCUGGGCGUUCUCGCUCUUCUGCUGUUGUGCCUCACCAGAAUCGCUCAUUCAAAGGUGGACUGUGCAGAGAGGAUAGCCGCAUGCACGGAGAAAGCACGCAGGCCUGUCUGCGGGACUGACAACCAGACCUACCCCACGAGGUGUCAUCUGCUCAAACAGCACUGCAGGCAAGAUGGUCCCAACCUCGUGACUGUCAAACACAGAGGACACUGUAAAGAGAAGCAGCCAUGUUGGGCAGAUCAAGGAGCACGGGGAAGCAGCAAUGGUACAGACGACGGGUUCAUCCCAAGGUGCCUAGCUGAUGGAAGGUACGCGCCAGUACAGUGCCAUCAGAACACAGGCUACUGCUGGUGCGUCUCAGCCCAUGGUGAACCCCUGCCCAACACGUCAGUCCGGCAUGCUUGGCCUCGGUGCAACCGCAGAGGGAAAACGAGAAGGGGUUCACAUCCUCGAGAAAGCAAACACAAGAAAGAUUGCACAAGGAUGGAUAAAUCACAGUUUGUGACAAACCUGGUGAAGAUCUUCCGCAGUGAAUACAAUAGACAGCCUCAUGUUGUUGUAAAUGAUUCAGAAGAUUCGUCAGAGACAGACAGACGAGUUCUGGAGUGGAAGUUCAACUCACUGGAUGAAAAUGGAGACCUGAUGCUAACCAAGAAUGAGUACUGGGCUCUGCGUGAGUUGGUGCGGAAGUCUGUGAAGCCUAAGCGAUGUGCACGGGCAUUCACACGAAUCUGUGACCUCAACCGUGAUACCAACAUUGCCAAGCCCGAGUGGAUGACCUGCCUUGGCUUGGAUAUCAAUCUCUCUUUUCGCUUGUUUCUGUCCCUGAGUCCAGAAGGUGAGGACCAUGAAGACCCAGAACCCCCUGCCCACUCUCAUUUCAGAGUGUUGCAGGAGAGUGCAGUGUCACUUGCGGGACAUCUGCCAUAUGGAGAGGAUGUCGGUGAUCGCAAGGAAGAAGCUGAAGUGAGCAGUGACUGUCUGACGGAUCGUCAGGCUGUACUAGAUGAGAUGCGGACUAACAAUAAUGAGAUGUACAUACCAGAGUGUACCCCUGAUGGAAGAUAUCAGAAGGUGCAAUGUUACCGUUCCACUGGUUACUGUUGGUGUGUCAAUGAGGAUUCUGGGAACACAAUUCCUGGAACAUCUGUCAAAGACAACCACCCCAAGUGUGACUCUGUGCAACCCUUGUCUCGUCCUAUGAAAGGAUGCCCAGAGCACAGAAAACAGACUUUCCUAAGGGCUCUCAUGGACUUCCUGACUCACACCAUGGCUUCACAGAAGUCAAGCAAUGUUACCACCAAGGAUACACAUAACACAUCAAAAGAAGAACAGAUUGCGACUUGGAACUUUAACGCUCUGGAUAUAAAUAAAAAUAAGUUUCUAGAGAAGAACGAAUGGAAGAGCUUCAGAUCGCUAAUCUCCACUCACCGAAAAUUGCGUCGAUGCGGUAAGAAGCUGCCACGAUACUGUGAUGUCAACCAUGACCACAAAAUAAGCUUAACAGAGUGGCUCCACUGUCUCAACGCUCAGAGACCAAUUACUGACUCCAGUGCGAUGCCCACUCCAAACCCGAGGAGAGUUGGUCCCAACCCUCUGGAGUCAUAUCUCAAGGACAAGUAGUCAUCAUUGGACAGUGCACAAGAACAAUGCAAAGAUUGUAAAUAUUGUUGUCAGUUCUCGAUGUAGAUUCAAAGAAACAAUAUAGAAAAUAUUUUAGUUACCUAAUCAAAAUGCACUUUUGAUCAAAGUAUUACAGCUAAUACACAUUAUAUUUUGGCGUUCUUUACAUGAGGAUAUUUUAGAAAGUAAAAAAUAAUGUUUUCCAAACAACGAUUUUUAGUCAACUCUAUUUUGAAAUCGCUACACUACAAUAAGAGCAUGCUUUAUGUGACAAAUUCUGUCACUACCCAUGGUCAAAUUUCGUAGUUCAGUUUGUAGCUGCAGACCAGUGCUGUGAGUACCAAAUAGCUCGGCAGCAGUGAGAGCGAGCAAACGUAGUUGGAGGGAGUGAGAUAUUAACAGCAUGGUUGCGGGAAGGUGUUGCAGGGAAGGGGUGGCCACAGCGUAGUCCAUCGGGCUAGCGUAGCGGUACGGCUCUGGUUCGCUCUCGACUGUUUUCAAGUUCCUUUCACAGAACAGAGUUUCUGCAUUCUGUUGUUCCUUGGUGCUGAGUAAGCUCAGGCACAAUGUUUCUUACUAUGCUAAUCAUAAUUUGCCAUAACAUUUUAUUGAAUAAAAAUUAUCACACUGAUACAUCAAUCAAUGGUAAAUUAUUGAAUCAUCGACGAGCCCGCCUCGACGGCACCCUCUCACAGUCGUCAUAGGCCUUUGUACACUCCCUUACAGCUGCAAGCGAAACUACCAGAUUUCAGCACGCGACUUCAAAAAUGAGGCAGAAUUUUUAACAUUGAGCCUGCGCUUCAGUGUAGUAUUCAUUGCUUUUACUAAAGGUUAAACUGUUCCAAUGCAGAUUGAAAUUUAGACUGAAUGACAUUGAUAUUGUUAAACCUGCAUUACUCGCAGAAGGUGUCUGAUUCCAUGUCAAGAGCAACAAAACUAACUAGAACGAUUUAAAAAUUGUGUGGGUUUAUAAAUUUAUUUCGAAAUUGAAAACCACAAGUCAGUUAAUUUCAUAAUCAGGUGAAUUAAUGCCUAUAACCAGUGUUUAGUGAUUACAUAUGCUUUUUUCAAAAGACAAAUUGCAUAGAUCUACUAGCUUCAAUGGCCGACAUUAACAUGUGUGUCUCAAUUUUAUAGUUUAGACCGGAACAAAAUCCCCUAUAGUUAAAAUGGUUCAUAUGCUCCAGGGUCCAUAGGUUUAUUCCACCUGUAUUUACUGGACUUAUUCCAGGUCUUUUUUUCUUUUUACUGGAUUGAUUGAUGGUGUGCUACAGCAUGUUUUCAUAUACAGUCUUUUUUUAGUGUAACAAUGGCUGUUUUACAGAUUACUCUACUUCCUGAUAUAAAAGUUUGGAAGUAUGACACCUCUGCAGAAAAUGAAACUGAAGGUGAUUUUAUCCUUUCUCUUUUGAUAAUAUAGCAUUAGUAUGUUUAAUAUGUAAAAAGAUUAUCUUUUAUUUUUUCUAAAUAGAUAUAACAGAAAACAAUAAUAGUGAAAGACUUGUUUCAGCCAUUGAAAACAUAGCUGUGUUUACAUGGAAAUAAUUGUGCUGUGUUAAAAGAAUAUAUAAUAUUUCCUUCAACAUUGUAAAUGCUGUAACACGACUACAUGCAACGUUAUCAGUUUCUCAUUGACUUAUUCUUAUGCCACUGUAACAUAAACUAAUUGUAACAUAAAACAAUUGCAGGACAAGCAGAACCGCAAGUAAAAAUAUAUAAAGUGAAUAUAUAUAUUAGUGCCAGACUAAAGACUGCUGCAUACUGGUUUUACCAAAAAUCAGGUAGUAGAGGUAGAUGAUGAUCCACCCAUACUUUCCCCAAAAAAAGAAAAUAUUAAUGAAAAUCUGUCUUUGUGGCACUUUGCCACGAGGGCAUGUUGAUUAGACACUAUUUUACUCCAUGAUGAACCAACAUGUGCUCCGUUAGAGCUGUGACAUGGUGAUAUUGUGAGUGGAUACAACUGAAGGACUAACAUAGUAAUCCCUGAGGGUUAAUAUAUCCCAAGAUGUUAUCUUACACAGUUUGUUUUAUCAGUACCAAUUUAAUUUUUUUAGGUUAAUUUCUUAUUAUUAUUUUAAAGCAAAUUUGAAUUUAUUAAACAUAUACUUGUGUUUUUUGUUACAUUUGUUGUUUUUAUAAAUAAUUAUUUGUACUGUUUUGAUUUUGUUGCAUACUUUUUUUUAACAAUUAUUCAAUUUAAUAUUAUGGUACUGUUAAGAAAAAAAAGAAUCUCUUGUUGAUAAACUGAGACGCCAGCCACAGAGUGUUUUGCAUUUUUUUACUGUACAGUUAGUUUUGUAACUUUAUAUUUAACUGAUUUUAAAUAAUUUUAAAAUAUUUUAUUGUUUUUUACUUGUCCGUAUCAUAGUUAAUCGCUUGUGAUAGUUUAACUUAUUGUUGUAUAGAUUGUAGAAUUGUAGAUUAGUUAUAUGCAGAGACUGUGAAUUCUUGUGUAUAUUGAAAACUAGUGUAUCAAAUCCUGUAAUAUUGUUCAAGCUUAGAUUCUACAAUGUUUCCUUCAGCAAAUUUAUGUUUGUUUAGUCAUGACUGAGAGUCAUUACUUGUAAAUUAACAAAGAAAGAAUUUAUGA